AUGCAUGAAGUUCUUGUUGUAGUAAAAAAUUAACAAAUGAUUGACAAAGUAAGUUCUAAUUUCAAAAAUGAAGAGAAUAUCAAAUUCCUUGAGAGCUUAGAUGUGGAAGAUUUCGCAAAGAUUCUAUAAACUCAUUAUAACUUUGUAAAUGGAGAGUAUAUAGUCUUAAUUCAUGCAAAAACUAUCAAUAAAAUGGAUAGAACUAAAGAAUAGAUUAGUUAAAUGAAAACUUAUUCAUGUAAUGUAAUAGUAUCAGAUAUAGAUAUAGUUAAUGAAGUUGGUGAACUCUUGGACAACUCAUACUUAAUUAAUAUCGAUUAUGCCAGAAAUCUUGACCAAAUCAUAUUUAAAUUAGAUUUCAGAUUUGAAGCCUCUCUUAUGAUAAGGAAGGGAUAUUUAGCAUAAUUUAUGAGAAAUUCAACUUAAUUAAACAGAUAUUAUCUGGUAGAUUAGAUUGUGAAGGAUGAUCAAGUUUGUCAUAUGAAUGCUUCAUAGAUAUAAAUCUCCCUAAUUAAUUAUCAAGAAAGUUAUAUUGACUCAAUAAAUAGACUUUAACAAGAUUCUUUAAAAUAUUUGCAAUACAAUGCUUUCUUGAAUGAUAAAAAUAUAAGAGUCACAACAUAACAAUUUUUUAAAAUCAUAAACUGUACUUUCGAUUUCUUAGGUUGUGACGAAGAAAUUCUUGAUAUAAUUGGGCAUCUUUUGAUAAUGAAUUAUUUGACUGACAGAUAAUUGCAAGCACAUCAUCUUAAACUAAAAUACCUUAAUCAAACUGAUUUCAUUUUCAAUUAUCUUACAAAAUUAAAGAAAGUAAGAGAAAAUUUAAUUGAAUAUCCAUUAGUCUCGGUGAUAAUGGCUUCAUAUAACAGAGAUUACUAUCUUUUGAAAUCAAUUUAGUAUGUUCUUUAAUAAACCUAUGUUAACUGGGAGCUUCUUAUUUCUGAUGAUGGAUCUAAUAAUCCAAAAACUCUGCAAAUUCUUCAGCUGGCCUAAAAUCAUCCAAGGAUUAGAGUGUUUUAUCUAUACACAAAUUAGUAUAAUGUAUUUGCAUAUAAUCAUGCUAUUACAUAAGCAAGGGGAGAGUAUCUAGCAAUUCAUGAUGAUGAUGAUAUUAUGAUGCCGUAUAGAUUAGAAUAUCAAGUAGAUUAUCUACGGAAAAACUCAGAAUAUGAAAUAUGUGCAGCAGGUUUUAUACACGCGUCUGAGAUAGGUAAGCCAUUUGCCUAUGGUUCAAAUUAUGAGAGAAGUUUUGCUGAUACAUAUUUCUCAUUUCUAAUCCAAAAUCAUGUAGCUCACAGUACUAUAACUGUUAAGUUAACACAGAGAAUGAAAUAGCAUUUUAUUUACAAUCAUUAGACAGCCUGUGAUUAUUCUCUUUGGUUAAAACUACUUUUUGAGCUUAAUGAGGAUAUUAAAUUUGCAGUAUUGGGUAAUUAUGUAACUGGAAUAAGGUAUCAUAAUAAAAGACUCACUUACUAAAACUAUGAAGCAUCUCACUACACGAAAUGGAUGCCAUUAAAAUAAAUUGAAAUUGCUGAGAAGAUAUAUCCAGAGAUUUUCGAUAGAAUGGGAGCGUAAUGCUUUUAGAGAUUAUUUUAUACACUUAGAUUUGAUUCAGGAAAUAUCGAGGUCUCCUAAGAUUAAGAUAUUCAGACAUAUUUUAUCUCAAUCUUAAAAGCCCUUUAAAAAUAACCAUCUAUGUCUUAUUAAGAUAUAAAAUCAUUUGAUAGAACGUUUAACUAAUUAUAUUAAGGAUACAUAUAUUCUCUCAGAAACAACAUGAUUUCCAUAAUGCCUUCAAAAAGAACAUUUGCCUGUAUAUAUCAUCAUGGCAACAUUCAACCAUUACUUAUUCAUAUUGAUCAAUUAAAAGUUUAUGUUGAUUAUUUCAUAGUAAUUUACUUAACAACAUCGGCCGAAUCAGUGAGAAUAAAAGACCUUUAAAAAAAUAAAGUUAUUAAAGAUAACAAACAAAAAAUAUCUUUUGAAUUAAAAAAAGUUUCAGUCGAGCAGGUUGAGACGUACAAAAAAGAAGUUAAUGAUGAGAUGUUUCAAUUUUUUGUAAAUCAUCUAGUUUAAUAGAAUAUAUCGUACCAUGAAUAUGUCAUUAUAGCUUAGUCUACUGAAUUAAUAAAUCCUUACUAGCUGAGAAGAUUCUAAAAGCUAAAUACAGAUUUCGGUAUCUUCGGAUUAAGAAAGCAUUUUUCUAGACAAAAUUAAGAUAAUGAACAAUAUAUAAGAUCUAAAAUAAUGACAUAUUAACUAUUUGAGAAAAUGGGAUUUAAGAAAGCCAGAGAUUUUGUUAUAGAUCCAGAUAUUUUUAAAUAAAUAAACUAACCAGUUUUCGAGGAUAAGCUUUAGACCUUAUUUUUUAAUGAUGAUUACUAUAAUAUUCAUACAAUGAAAGAUGCAGGUAUCUAUUUCGAGGAUUAUGAUUGUGGAGAUCUUUAUAAUGAUUAAAAUUUAUCAAGCAUUAAUAAUGCUAAGACUUAAUAAGAAAUGUCGUUCGCGGAAAAAAGGAAACUUAGCAAUUUUUAUGGAACUAUUCAAGAUUAACUAAAGUCUUAGUGUCCAAUAAAACAUAAAAAAGUUUCAAGCAGACCAUAUACUGAGCUUUGA